UGAGGACGAAAGGGUGUGUGAUAGAACGAUGAAAAAAGAAGGUAUUACGUAUAAUGUCGGUAAAAAAGGUAUAAGAAUAUCAACGAAAUAAAGUAAUAAUGUAUCGUGUAGUGUGUAUCGUACGCCAAAAGAUUAUGGAUACGUUUUCUUAUAGCGAAUAGUUAGGUUAGGAAUAGAAGUGGAGGACAGUUGAAGUAAAGGGUGGUUGGUUGGUAGCAGUUAAUGAUGGUGGAGGGGCGAAAAAGAGAAAGAGAGAGAAACAGAGAGAUUAGUAUCGUGCGUUACACGACUGAACGGACGCAGAACGCAUGGAGGAUCGAUCCGUCAUCCAGAUAUUUGGGGAGAUUAUAAAUAGAGCGGUCACCGGAAAAUAGACGCGCGAGGGAGUAAUUCCGCGACAUAAGAUAAGCGAGCUCCACUGUCGUCUCGUGACUAUCUCGCAAUACUUCUCGACUACCAACCAACUAACCACCUUUUUUUUUCGUUUUUCUUCCUUCUCCGUCUACACAUCGUCGGUCUUCUUCUUCUUCUUUUUCUUCUUCUUCUUAUUCUUAUUCUUAUUCUUACUCUUCCUCUCCCUCUCUUUCUCCUUCUUUUCCUCCUCCUGCUUCUUCUCCUUUUUUGUCGACACUCUGAACCGUUUAACACGGCAAUUCCCUAAUUCCGAAGAUAAAAUCGCGUCUCUCGCAUUUAUCGCGAUUCCUUUAUUCCAUCCUUUUCACUUCUUAUCUUUCUUUUCUCUGUUUUAAACCAUUGCGACGAACCGUUACACCCGCGACUUUCACUUAUAUUUUAAUUUUUAUAUAAAGAGAGAAAGAGAGAGAGAAAGGACGAAGAAAAGGAGAAAAAAAAGAAAAUUUCGUUGCUUUCAAAUGAAAAAAGAAAAAGGGAAAAAAAAGUCGUAUCGACGUCUAGAUUCGUACGAAGAAAAAAUACUUAUUUUGAUUAUAACGAUAAGACCGAAGACGCCCAUAGAGAAGUAGGGAGAGAGACUUAUUGUUUUUCCAUGUUUCGUACGUUUAAUCGUUCGAUUUUAUUGUCAGACGAUUAAAUUUGUUUAUAAACUUCCCGCUCUUGAUUCAUUGCGACGCAUUUCUCGUUGAUUUUUGCAAGCCCGAGAUAACCUUAAACUCUAUACGCAAUCCGAUGCAACGCUUUAGUUUUAUCGAUCAAAUUUGCGUAUCAAUCAAAAUGUAAAGAGGUUACAUCGUUCUUCUUUUUUUAUGAAAUUUCUUUUUAUAAAAAAAAAAAAAAAGAAAAAUAUUUUGCGACUUGAUAGCGUUUUGUUUCGUCUAUGAAUAAUGAUACAGUUUCUCGUACGAGAAAUUUCACUUGUGAUUAACAACGUACAUAAAAUUCCUCUUCUAUAGGUUAGCUUACAAGAUAAAUAGAAUGAAACUUAUCCUUUGUAUCUUCAAUCUCGAUCACCUUCGCGCUUUACUUUGUAAUCAGUAUGUAUCAAGUUCCUGCCUUCAAGCUAAUCUUUUCGGUAUCGAUGAUACUACAAUGAUUCAUUUCCUUUUUUCCACGUUGAUCAAGAAAGAUUCAUUUUAGUUUAGAAUUAACGUUCUAUAUAAAAACAUUUGUUUCUCUUCUUUCGUAUCCACGACAUCUUGUACGUAAUUGUAAAAGGAGGGGAAAGCGAAUAUACUUCAAUUUUAUAAAUACGAAACAAACAUUUAUUAUUAUUGUUUUCAUUGAUGAAACAUCUUUCACAUUCAGUCGAUAUAUACGCAAUUUAGCGAAUAUAGACGUUCUCUUUUUAAGAGUACAUAUAUUACUCGAGAUCUUUAAAAAGAUAUUCUUCGAUCAAUGAAAUCCGAUUGAAAUCGAUCAGUUCUGCAAGUUCGUUGACUGAAUUUCUAAAAUUACAUACACCCACACGUGUAUCCCAUUAUAAUUAUGAAAAUCAAGAUAUCCAGUGAAGUUGAGAAUGAAAUUAUUUUAUAUUUUUAUAUUCCGCGUUAAAUACGAUUAUAUUUUAUCAACGAACCGAAAACGAACAACUUUCUUGUUCCUUCUGAUGACUGUUCAUUCGUUGAGAGUCGUGGGUAGUGAUGCUCGUCCGCCUACGCGACACAUCGAUGCUUGGCAAACCUCUCGAAUUCAUUCGAUAUUAGAUGCUUGAUUCUAUAUACCAUUCGUCCGUUCUUUAUAGAAUCUUUGAAUCUUAAAACUAUGUCUACGUAACUAUGCUGGGAAUUACUUGCUACUGUGAAGGACACUGCCCGGACGACCGACAAAACGGUACUUGCGAAGGAAGACCCGGUGGACAUUGUUUUAGCGCUGUAGAGGAAGUGUGGGAUGCGGAACUCGGAGAAUAUGUUCCAGAAUGGUCCUUUGGAUGUUUGCCACCGGACGAGCAGGGUUUCCUGCAAUGCAAGGGCUACCUCGUUCCACAUCUACAAGGAAAAAACAUAAUUUGUUGCAACAAGACAGCUCUGUGUAACAAGGAGUUAUUUCCAGAGUACAAGCCUCGUCCCACCGCAGCACCAGAUCCUAUAGCUAUUGCUUCUGGAGCACCGCUCAUCAUACUAGCUGCUUCAUUAUCUGUGUGUUUAACCGUUAUUUUGAUAGCAAUGGUGAUCAUAUAUCAUAGGUACAGAAGAAAAGAAAGAGGCCCAUGCUUAGUACCUUCUCAAGGAACGCUUAGAGAUUUUAUAGAUCAGAGUAGUGGAUCAGGUUCUGGACUACCUCUUUUAGUACAAAGAACUAUAGCUAAACAAUUGGCUUUAUCGCAGUGCGUGGGAAAAGGUAGAUACGGUGAAGUAUGGCUUGCACGAUGGAGAGGAGAAAAAGUGGCAGUGAAGGUCUUCUUUACUUUGGAAGAAGCAUCUUGGUUUCGUGAAACUGAAAUCUAUCAAACUGUUCUAAUGAGGCACGAUAAUAUCUUAGGCUUCAUUGCCGCCGACAUUAAAGGAACAGGAUCUUGGACUCAAAUGUUAUUAAUUACGGACUAUCAUGAAAGAGGUUCUUUACAUGAUUAUUUACAAACCACCGUACUAGACCAUGCAGGCCUAUUGGCUAUCUGUCUUUCCAUUGCAUCGGGUAUUGCUCAUCUGCAUACAGAAAUUUUUGGAACUCGUGGAAAACCAGCGAUAGCUCAUAGAGAUAUUAAAAGCAGAAAUAUUUUAGUUAAAAGGAAUGGUGAAUGUGCAAUUGCUGACUUUGGCUUAGCUGUACGUUUUAUAAGUGAAAGCGGAGAAAUCGAUAUUGCGCCUAAUACGCGAGUAGGAACCAGAAGGUACAUGGCUCCAGAAGUGUUGGAUGAAAGUUUGAACACAUCGUCGUUUGAUGCUUUCAAAAUGGCAGACAUGUACUCUGUAGGAUUAGUUUUGUGGGAAGCAUGUAGACGUUGUGUAACAGGUGGUAAGAAUUCCAUUGUGGAACCAUAUGCCUUGCCUUAUCACGACGUUGUCCCAAAUGAUCCAGAUUUUGAAGACAUGCGAUUAGCUGUAUGUGUAAAACGUUUGCGUCCUGUUAUUCCAGCGAGAUGGGAUAACGAUCCAAUUCUGUUUGCGUUGAGUAAAUUAAUGGCAGAGUGUUGGCAUGCGAACCCUGCUGUGCGUUUAACAGCACUUCGCGUUAAAAAGACAAUGUCAAAAUUACAUAUUGACAAUGCCAUUAAGAUCGUGUAGUGCUUGGCAACAUUACUCAAAACUGUUAUUCUCAUCUAGAUAAAAAAAAAUAUGUUCAACCCCUUGUAAAUAUGCCCUUUGUGUACAUAGAACUAUUGACAGACUGCAGCCUGAAGACUGAGUACUAAAAUUUACAAAUACAUAAAGAUGGACAAGAAUGUGCGUGCAUUGCGUCUGCAUCUGCAUCUCCGUUCGUAUGUAUGAGUGCGUGUGUGUAUGGUGAAUGAAAAUUGUGAAUAUUCGAAGAUAAUUACGUGUAUCUGAAUGUGUUAUAUAUAUAUACAUACAUAUGUGUAUAUAUAUAUAUAUGUAUGUAUGUAUGUAUGUACGUAUGUGUGUAUGUAUGUAUGUAUGUAUGUAUGUAUGUGUGUGUGUGUGCGCAUGUAUGUAUGUUGUAUAUAAUUUUUUUCCCCGUGAAUCGCACCAAAGCCAUGCUUUAGCCAAAGUUUUGGCGCGUUUCACUGUAUUAAAGUUGGUUGAGUAUCUAAUCAAUGAAGGCUACUACUUAGAUACAAAACUAUAAUUAUUUCCACAAAGAUGUUCAUUUUAAACAUGAAGAAAGCUGUUUAUAUAUUUGGAAAUAGAUCCAGCAUAUAAUAAAAAUAAAUACAGAUAAUAUGAAACUCAUUUAAAGAUACAUAAUUAGGAUAUAUAAAAUACAAAUCGCGUAUAUGCAAAUGCCUGUUCUUUUAUAUCUAUCUUAACUACUGUAAGAGAUUACAUAAACCUAAGAGAUUAUGAAACACUCGAGUACUUUCAAAAAAUAGCUAUAUGAAUAAUAGUAUUCCAAAAAAGUGUGUCUAUAAUUGUCUCUCCACUUUCAAUAUGUCAAUGUAUGCUAGUUCUGUUUCUGAAUACCUUUAGAGGCAAUUGCUUUUAUGGAGAUUAGUUAUGGUUAUCAAUUAUGAAUAUUAAUACAAAUUCUUACAAAAUAUAAAAAAUGAAAAUCGAUAUUAAAUAUUAUUCCAUUGAGAAAUAUGGAAGUACAAGACAGAGGUUUAAUUAUUGUAUUUCUUAUGUCUCUGAUUGUAUAAUAAUGUUAUGGCUUUUCUGUUAUUUGAUACAAAAAAUCAUGUGAUUUUUCGUCUACUUGCAUUGGUAUUUUAUUAUAUUGUAAUUAACGAACAUCGUCCACUGCAGGAUAGUAUAAUUUAUUAUUCUUUUAAAUGUAACAACAUAUUUUUUUUAUCAACUUUUAACUAAUUUAAUAGAAAAUUUUACGUAUUGUAAACAGUGAGAAAGUACUUUGAAAGUAUAUAAUAUUACCAAUUUUUCCAAUUCUUUAGAUUCUUUAAAAAUUUCUUUGGAUAAUUAUGGCUUGUGUAUUACCAUAGUUAAUUAUACUUUGACUUAAAAGAACGAUAAAUCAAUGAUAAACUUAAAGAAUUCAAUAAUAUACCAGUUAAAAGUUAAUAUAUCGUAUCAUCGAAAUUGCUUCUUGUCAUUUCGUUCUAUAAGUUUCAAAUGCCAUAAACUAAUCUGUAUUACCUGUACAGUAUAUAAUUUAGGUUUCUAAUUUGUACAAACAAGCAUAUUAAUUAAACUAAUAGCAAUUAAAAUGUUGCUGUAAUGUCAAAGAAUGAUUUUAAGUCUAUGGUUGUUAUACCAAACUAAACUAUAAAAAGUCAUACUUGUGAAAGUAAACUAAUGCAUCUUGCGCUUAAAUUGUAUAGCGAUCGAUCUUUUGCUACUAAAUAUUAUUAUUUUCCACUAUGAGGUAACGAGCAGCAUAAAACAAUUUAAAAUCAGAUAUUUUGCAAAUUAUCUUUAUAGUGCAAUAAUCAUUUUGUUAUGUAAAAGAUAUUAUUUGUCAAAGUGAUAUGGUUUUUGCAUAUCUUUGUAAUAUCUAUUGCACUCAAUUGUAAAGAUUUUACCAUGAAAAAGUUGUUACUAUAAUUUUAUAAACUAUAAAGCCAGACUUUUGGUCGUUGACUCAACAUUGUUAUGUUAUUAAAUAUGAUUCCCAUGUGCUAUAAUAUGGGAAUAACUGUUGCAUAUUACCUUAUAUCUUCUGUAGGAAGAUCAUUGUAAUUAUAUUAAAAAUUGUAGUUAUUAGCUAGUUGAUUGAAAGUAAUGAAAUUUAUAUUUUUAACAAGUAUUAAACAAUAUCAUCUUUUUCCAGA